AUGGCCGAGAAGAAAGUAAAUAAUUUAUCCGAACUUUCCUCUUCGAAAGUGGCUGCUCUUUCGAUAAUAUUCGAAGACUGCACGAAUGCGCUAGUUAUUUAUCAAAAAACUCUCAAACAGAUUUUUAAGCGAUCGAAAAACACGACCGUUCCUUAUAUUCUUUACGAACUCGAAAAUUUGGAAACAACAGACAAGCAAGUACUUAAUGAAGAUAUGAAAAAAAUGAUAAAAGAUAUGCAGGAACAAGCUACAUAUAACAAACUACAUAACGAUAGCCUAUACAUAAGAGGAAUUAUGGAGAAAUUGAAGGAAGAAAUACGCGAAUAUGGUAGUUUCGAUGUGUUGACCAAAGAAAUUGAAAGAAUUGUGACCCAGAGAAAAGAAGAGGAGACUUUAUUCGAGGAAUACACGGCGAUGAAGAAAACUGCGAUGGAGCUUCGACAAACUAUCACCAAUGAAAAAAUGAGCAAUGAAGCGGAGAGAACCCGUCUAAGGAAUAUACUGCUCGACUUAAAGAAUGAAAAUGAAAAACUGAAAAUAGUUAGCGACAUUGAACAUAAGUAUUCGUGUAAGUGGAAUAAAGCUAAGUGUCAACAAAAUUCAAUCAAGUGUAAGGAAGAAUGGAAAAGAUUUAAAAAAACACUCGAUGAUCUUCACGAGCGUGAAAAAAUGGAAGAAAUUGUAUUUACCGAAUUGAUUACGUUUCUUAUCCAGGAUAUCGCGAGUAUCGAAGAAAAGAUCGAAGAAUGGCAGAGACGGUACGAUCAAGAGAAGAAAAUGUAUGAGAAGGAAAUCUGUGAAGUGAACAUAGAGAUAGAAACUUGACAAAAAGACUUAGCAGAACUUUCACAAGAGUAUAAAGAAAAGCAAAAAUUUAUAGACGCUUACCUCGCGGAAAAGGAAGCAUUGAAAAAACAGAAGAAACACGAACAGCAUGUGCAAGAAUGUGCCAUCAGGAUCCAAGCUUUGUGGCGUGGUGUUAUGGUGCGCCGGAAGUUGGGUCCGUAUCGACCUGAAGAGAAAAAAAAGAAACGUCAACUUAAAGCAAAGAAAUAACUCUCUUUCGGUUGGUUGAACACUUCAGUGCUGAAUACUGACGAUUAGAGAAGACAAAAUUUACUUAACGCUAGCGUACUCCCUCUUUUGUUUACACUUGGAAAGGUAAGGAAGUUUCUUUGAGUCUCAACGUACGUUGACCAAACUAAAUUUAGAGAAGAUAAACCUUUCGU